GGCCUCGCUGUAUAUGCGAGGCGCCGCCGCCGCCGCCGCUCACUCGCAGCGCCCUCAGCCCCGCCGCCAUGAUCGCCGCUCGCCGCGCCGCCGAGCCGCCCGCCAUGGAGGGCUACGAGCACCCCAAGAAGGAGCGCCAGGGCGCCUUCCCGCUCGACGACCGCCACGACAGCGGCCUGGACUCCAUGAAGGAGGAGGAGUACCGGCAGCUGGUGAAGGAGCUGGAGGACAUACGGCUGCAGCCCCGCGAGCCGCCCGCCUGGGCGCAGCAGCUGACUUUUCUCCACUUGGCCAUUAUUCACGAGGAAAAAGCCCUGAGCCUGGAGGUGAUCCAGCAGGCAGCCGGUGACCGGGCUUUCCUGAACUUCCAGAACAACCUCAGCCAGACUCCUCUUCACUUGGCAGUGAUAACUGAUCAGCCUGAAAUUGCUGAGCAUCUUCUGAAGGCCGGAUGCGACCUGGAGAUGAGGGACUUCCGAGGAAACACUCCCCUGCACAUUGCCUGCCAGCAGGGCUCUCUCAGGAGUGUCAGCGUGCUCACACAGUACUGCCAGCCGCACCACCUCCUCGCUGUCCUGCAGGCAGCCAACUACAACGGACAUACAUGUCUUCAUUUAGCAUCUAUUCAAGGAUACCUGGGUAUUGUUGAGUAUCUGCUGUCCUUGGGAGCAGAUGUAAACGCACAGGAGCCAUGCAAUGGCAGAACAGCACUACAUUUGGCAGUUGAUCUGCAGAAUUCAGACCUAGUGUCGCUUUUGGUGAAACAUGGGGCCGACGUGAACAAAGUGACCUAUCAGGGCUAUUCCCCUUAUCAGCUCACAUGGGGAAGAGACAACUCAAGCAUACAGGAACAGCUGAAGCAGCUGACCACAGCUGACCUGCAGAUGUUGCCAGAAAGUGAGGAUGAAGAGAGCAGUGAAUCGGAGCCUGAGUACACAGAGGAUGAACUUAUAUAUGAUGACUGUCUUAUUGGAGGACGACAGCUGGCAUUUUAAAGCAGAGCUUUCUCUGAAAAGAAGUGACGGUAUACGUACAUACAUGUAUAGAAAAAGGACUGGCUUUCUGCAUCUGAAAAGAAAGUCACAACGUGGAGAGAAAAAAGAGGAGGGAAAUACUACACUGCCCAGCAAGGAGAAGGAGCACAUAAUUGUAACAGGACAUUUCCAGGAUCUCCCUUGUGUUUAAAUACAGGAGUGGGAUGUAUAACAUCAGUACAGAUUUGUGAUUAUUCACACCACUUGAUAAAGAGCCACAUAGCCAAUCUUCUCAGCCCCGUGAAGGUAACAGACUGCACAUCCAACCUGCUCGUUACAGGGAGCUUUCUUGUGGCAUCAAGUACUACAGAGAAUAAGUGUCCUUUUGUAGCAAGGUGGACUCAUGCCAGCACCCCUUCUCAGAGACUCUGCAUUCAUUUGUGCUGGACUGGUGGCAGUCCCUGUCCUUUCUGACAGUCCUCAGCUGCUCUCAGUGGGGCGUCCCAGGUGGAGGAGUCUGACCAAGGGACUGGUGCCCUCUUGGCUCUUAGGCAAAAGUAGCAAUAAUGUUAACUGUGGGCAUUGGAAAAGUGUGUUUCACACUGUGUGUGUCAUAAUUGCUACACUUUUUAGCAACUGUAUAUUGUGUAAAUACUGUACAUUUUUUGUUUAUAGUUAUUUUCAUACUUGUGAGAUAUGUAUUUAUUAAAAAAAGUCAGAUU